AUCGUCAAAUAUCAGUAGAUGCAUUGGUUUUAUUAACUGAUAUUUUCUCUUCAAAAGAAAGGCUGAUUGAGUCUUGCACAGGCGAAAGAGCCACUGGGUCCCAUUGGUUCUCUGUCUCUCCUGCUGCACAAAUUACUGACGGAAAGAUUUGGGCCUUCAUUGUGACCACAUCCACAGAGACCAUAGUCCAGAGAGAGCAUUUGGGGCCUGAAUCAACUGCUGGUGUUUGUUGAGCAGAAACAACAAAUCUCUGACUUCCCACCAACAGCCAACCUGAUUUCAAAGAGCCAAGAAGCAUCUCAGAUUUGUCAACAUUGCUUUAAUGAGCUGAGAAACUUUUCAUGGUAAACUCAGCAGCUGAGUAACAGGAUGAUGGCACCACAACAGGUAGAUAAUCAAGGCAGGAGGUCAAAGCAUUGGAGCCAACACCCACCCAGGACGGGGUAUAAAAGGGCUGGGAGGAGAGGAGGCCUCAGUCUCAGUGGCUCAGCCUUCCCAGCUGAUCUGAAGCUCCUGUGCAGUCUCAGCCCUACACCAUGACCUCCUCCUACAGCAGCUCCUCAUGCCCUCUGGUUUGCACCAUGGCUCCUGGAGCAAGAAAUGUCUCUGUCUCUGCCAUCGACGUUGGGUGCCAGCCCGGGGCAGAGGCCAGCGUUGCCCCCAUGUGCCUUUUGGCCAACGUGGCACAUGCCAACCGAGUCCGCGUGGGGUCGACUCCCCUGGGCCGCCCCAGCCUCUGUCUGCCCCCGACCUGCCACAAUGCUUGUCCCUUGCCAGGGACCUGUCACAUUCCAGGCAACAUUGGAAUCUGUGGGGCCUAUGGCAAAAACACCCUGAAUGGCCAUGAGAAGGAGACCAUGCAGUUCCUGAACGACCGCCUGGCCAACUACCUGGAGAAGGUGCGCCAGCUGGAGCGGGAGAACGCGGAGCUGGAGGCCACACUCCUCGAGAGGAGCAAGUGCCACGAGUCCACUGUGUGCCCGGACUACCAGUCCUACUUCCGCACCAUCGAGGAGCUCCAGCAGAAGAUCCUGUGCAGCAAGGCCGAGAAUGCCAGGCUGAUUGUACAAAUUGACAAUGCCAAGCUGGCAGCUGAUGACUUUAGGAUCAAGCUGGAGAGUGAGCGCUCCCUACGCCAGCUGGUAGAGGCGGACCAGUGUGGGACGCAGAAGCUCCUGGAUGACGCGACCCUGGCCAAGGCCGACCUGGAGGCCCAGCAGGAGUCCCUGAAGGAGGAGCAGCUGUCCCUCAAGAGCAACCAUGAGCAGGAAGUAAAGAUUCUGAGGAGUCAGCUGGGGGAGAAGCUCCGGAUCGAGCUGGACAUUGAGCCCACCAUUGACCUGAACAGGGUGCUGGGGGAGAUGCGGGCUCAGUAUGAGGCCAUGCUGGAGACCAACCGCCAGGAUGUGGAACAGUGGUUCCAAGCCCAGUCUGAAGGCAUCAGCCUGCAGGCCAUGUCCUGCUCCGAGGAGCUGCAGUGCUGCCAGUCGGAGAUCCUGGAGCUGAGAUGCACGGUGAAUGCCCUGGAGGUGGAGCGCCAAGCCCAGCACACCUUGAAGGACUGUCUGCAGAACUCCCUGUGUGAAGCUGAGGACCGCUUCGGCACGGAGCUGGCCCAGAUGCAGAGCCUCAUCAGCAAUGUGGAGGAGCAGCUGUCCGAGAUCCGGGCCGACCUGGAGCGGCAGAACCAGGAGUACCAGGUGCUGCUGGAUGUGAAGGCUCGGCUGGAGAAUGAGAUUGCCACGUACCGGAACCUUCUGGAGAGCGAGGACUGCAAACUCCCCUGCAAUCCCUGCUCCACGCCUGCCUCCUGUACUUCUUGUCCAAGCUGUGGCCCUGUCACUGGUGGGUCUUCCUCUGGCCAUGGAGCCAGCAUGGGGAGAUGAUUCUGAAGGCCUGAAGUUCCUGUGCAGGAGGUUGAGGCUGGUUGCACUGGGGUCAGGAGUGCCUUCACCUUGCUCAGUCUUCCUUCCAGAAAGACCAGACUCACUGAGGCAUUUUCCCUAAAUCAAUGGGUAGCAGACACUUCCAAGGAGUGUCUCCCCGCCUAUGCCUCUAAGCUGUAUUUUCUGUUGUUGCUGGAAUGUUGUAAUUAUCUUCCACGAAAGUGAUUCUUUUUCCCAGUGUCUCUUCUUGGUUCUUUUGGUUCUAUUCCAGUGUUUCAGAAUCUCCUAAAAUGUCACUGGGUUCCCUGCAUUAAAUGGUCAAUAAACCUCUUUCCUGCACCAAGUGCUGUCCCCCUGGUGUUGGUUGUGUGUGAAGUGUCAGAGAGUCCUGGUCGUCAGGUCCUGUGUCCUCACUGGCCCUGACAUCUUGCUUCCAGGAGCUCCCUGCGGUGCCCUGGGGCCUCUGGAUGAAGGUCCUUUCCUGACAUUGGAUGUGUAUUCACCUUGCCCAGGGAUCCCUACAGACUGGUGGAAGGAAGUGAUGCUAGUUGCCAAGUUUGAAUUCUUUCAAAACAACUCAGAGCUAACAUGUCCCUACCAUGAUUUUGGCAUCUUCAGCCUCUUGGUAUUUUGUCCAAGAGCAAAAUCACAUCACUUAGCGUUCUAAUCUUGUCAAAGGAAGGUCGUGUUGAGAAUUGCCUAGGCCAAGUUGCCAAGUUUUUCCUCUCACUCCAGUUGGCCCCUUUCACGGAGCCAUGGAGUUCCCGCCCACUCUCCCAAAUGUAGAGGCCCAGACUGGGCACUGGAGACUGGGGUCUUGGUCCUGGGUCACUUCCAGGCUGUAGUUUUCUCCAGAGAGACGCUGCCACUGAUAUAUCUGCUGUCUAUUCUGCUGCUGUCUUGGAGGUGCUGGCGGUGAGGGCUGCUGCUGCCAUUAGAGCACUCCAACUCCGUGCCUGCCUCUCCGAUGUGGCUCUGGCACAGGCCGAGGUGGUUCUUAGCCAGACGCGGUUAUGAGCAGGUGGAGGAGCAGCCCGGAGAGGCUGCUGCCUCCCGCGCCAUGCUAGUCAGUUUACGGCAAGCACCAAGUAUGUCCAGAAGAAUGAAACUCUUGGGUCUCAGGUCAUCCGUGUGCCCUGGUGCAAAGAGCAAUGAAAAACUGGUCCUUCUUCGUGGUAGCAUAGUGUGGUGGAGGUGGAUCUUCUCUAGGGUCAGGGAAACUUGGAUUCAAAUCCCACCUUCGUGACUCUGAAGUGAGAUUUGAACCCACCUUGCUGAGUGAAGUUGGCCAGGUCGCUGCACUCUCUUGAGACCUAUUCCUCGUUUGUGGAAGUAGGAUAGUUGUAUUUACCUCUCACUGUGGUUGAGGGGUAAUGCAUCUAAUGUUCCUGGCAUCUAGAAGGUGUUCAGUGGAUGUCGGUUUAUUGAGGCUCCCUGGGAACCAGCAGGUACAGUCUCUUCCUCCCAGAGAGAAAAAGGAGCUGAAGAGACAGUAGCAGAACCCACUCUCAGCAUCGGGGCCCUAGAUUUCUAUGUUGGUGGCUGGGAAGUUUGGUCAUACUCCUUGUUCAUGUAUACGCAGUAAUAAAAGUCACCUUCUGUAGUCAUGAGGCCUGUUUCUCACUCCAAGUAGCCUAACUGAAUCCAAAAAAGCAUUCGUUGGGCUGUCAGAGGACAAGACUGUUUGGUGGGCUCUUGUGGGCUCUUCUAACGAGGAACCCACAAGAGUCAUGUUUUAAGAAAUGGCUGUGACCAACCCUCAGUGUGAUGGGGUUGUGGAGAUCCGGCCUGUCCCCACCUUUCUUGGCCAGGUCACACCCUUGACAAGCUCUACCUGUUAGGUACCAUGGCUAGGUGUGGCAGGAGGUGCCACUCAGGUACACAGAAAAUGAAGGCUAGAGGCUGGCAGGUGGGUUACCAGCCCGGUCAGGACACCUGGACCCUGGGGGUUUUACUCACAUUCAUUAUCCUAGCCUGAGAGCUCAGGGCUCCCUCUGGUACCAAAUCCCAGACAUCUCUUCUUGCAAGUGAUUCUCCCGACUGGACAUUCUAUGCCUCUCUGCCUCACGUACUCUCACCGACUGGAUGGUUAUAGCCCUGAAUGUGGCCCAAUAGGCUUUGCUUUGGCCACAAUAAUUGCAACCAGGUGUCUCUUAUUUUCCUCCCCCCAAGGCUUCUGGUUCCUUGGUUGGGGGCCACAUCUGGUUCUGAGCCACCUAGUGCUGAGCCCGUCUAUCUUCAGUUCACCAAUCCUGCACUGUGUGGGCACUGACGUGUGAUAUUUCUUCCCAGCCUUCGUGUGGUUAACACCAGUUGGGGCUCAUGAGGCCCAUGCACUUAUGUAUUGUUUGACACCAAAUGCCAUUUCUCACAAAUUCCAGCAAAGUGGAAAGGAGAAAGGAUGAACAGCUGCAGGCCACUGGGGUGGACACUGCAGUCACCGAGAGAGCUCUGGGGAAGGGCACAUUCCUGCCCCCACCACUGUCUACACUGGGAAGCCAAGAAGAUCCAAGUGAAUUUCUGGACUUUCCUGAACAGGAACAUUUUUUAUUUGUAUAGUUUUUUUGUAGACGAUGGUAUGUGAUACCUGUCAGGUCUCUGAGCCCAAGCCAAGCCAUUGCAUCCCCUAUGACUUGCACAUAUAAGCCCAGGUGGCCUGAAGUAACCGAAGAAUCACAAAAGAAGUGCAAAUGCCCUGCCUCGCCUUAACCAAUGACAUGCCA